AUGGAUGUCCUCAAGGCAGUCCAGACCUACGUGCUCAAAAUGAUCACGGAGGUGCCGGGCAUGAAGGUGUUGCUGCUUGACGCGCAUACGACUCCCAUCGUCUCGCUCGUCACAACACAAUCCGAGCUGCUGUCCCACGAGAUCUAUCUCACUGACAGGAUAGACAACACCUCGCGCGAACCACUCAACCACUUGUCGUGCAUCGCCUUCUUGUCACCGACAGACAAGUCCAUCGAAUGGGUCAAGAAGGAGCUCGCCAGCCCACGCUAUGGCGGAUACUGGCUCUUCUUCUCCAACGUGCUCACAAAGAGUCAGAUUGAGGAGAUGGCCAUGGUGGACCAGUUUGAGGUAGUCAAGGAGGUGCAGGAAUUCUUCGCAGACUACCUCGCGCCUCACCAGUCCCUCUUUACGCUUACGCAGGACGCACUGGCCGAUGGCGGUGCGGGCCCUUCCAACCCUCCCAUCUACCUACCCAGCCCCGACGAUGUGCCUCCGCCCGUCCUCGACAACCACCUGCGCGCCAUCAUGUCCGUCCUGCUGAGUCUGAAGAAGCGCCCAGUGAUCCGGUGGGAGCGCAUGUCGACGGCUGGCCGCAGGCUGGCCACAGAAGUCAGCGCGGCCAUGCAGCACCCACCGUAUCGCGACCUGUUUGAUUUCCGCAGUACGGCCGGACCAGCACCCCUGCUCCUCAUUCUCGACAGGCGCAAUGACCCCGUCACGCCGCUCCUUAGCCAGUGGACGUACGAGGCCAUGGUGCACGAGUUGCUGGGUAUCAACAAUGGCCGUGUACACAUUGGAGGCGAGGAACGGACAGAGCUUAGGGACCUGGUGCUCUCCGCGUCAUCCGACCCCUUCUUCUCGCAAAACAUGUUCUCCAACUUUGGAGACCUGGGCGCUGCCUUGUCCCAGUAUGUGACCGAUUACUCGGCCAAGACGGCCUCGAUCGGCCCCGGUUCGUCAUCCCGCAUCGAGACCAUUGCCGACAUGAAGCGCUUUGUGGAAGAGUACCCCGAGUUCCAGCGCCUGGGCGGCAACGUCACCAAGCACGUCACGCUUGUCGGCGAGCUCUCGCGCCUCGUCGAGCGCGACGACCUGCUCUCCGUGUCCGAGGUGGAGCAGUCGCUCGCGUCACAAGAGUCCCACGCGACCGACUUGCGCAGCGUCAUGACGCUCAUCGCCUCUGGCCGCGUCCCGCCCGCCAACAAGCUCCGCCUCGCCAUUCUCUAUGCGCUGCGGUACCAAAAGUUCCACGGCAACCAGAUCACCCAGGUCGUCGAGGCGCUCAUCGCGCACCACGUCGGCGCCGACCGCGCGCGCCUCGUCUACGUCAUGCUCAACUUUGCCGGCGCCGACGUGCGCCAAGACGACCUGUUCAUGAACGAAAACUUCUUUUCGCGCGGCAAGACGGCGCUCAAGGGCCUCCAGGGCGUCGAGAACGUGUAUACCCAGCACACGCCGCACCUGGCCGAAACGCUCGACCUGCUGCUCAAGGGCCGCCUGCGCGAGACGUCGUACCCCUUCAUGGAAGGCGACGAGGGCGCGCGGACCCAGCGCCCGCAGGACAUUAUCGUGUUUAUGAUAGGCGGCACGACGUAUGAGGAGAGCAGGAACGUAGCCCUCCUCAACCAGCGGCUCGCGACCGAUGUGGCAGGGGGGCCCGGCGGGACGCGUAUCCUCCUCGGCGGCAGCACAGUGCACAACUCGACCAGCUUCCUCGAAAUGGUCAGUAUGGCAGCCGAGACCUGGCCCGAAUCCAUCUAUCAGCCCCCCGCCAACCUCGGCGUGCCCUCGGGUACGUCGAGCUACAACCCGUCCCCGGUCCCCAGCGGCGCCGGACCGAGCCUCAACUUCCGCGCCGGCGGCUACGAGCUGUCCGUGGGCGGCGCGGCGGGGUCGGGGCUCUUCCGCUCGGGCCAGAGCGACGUGGGCGGCAACGUCCAGCUCGGAGGCCAGCUCGCACAGGUCAGCGAGGGCAUCCGCGACGGCGCCGGCAGGCUGUGGGGUAAUGUCCGCCAGAGGAUGGAGGAGCGCGCCAGCAGGUCCAACACGCCUCCGGCACAGUAA